UCCCAUUUCCGGCACACGCAUACACACACACGCCUGUGUGCUAUGAAAACAUGAGAGGUCAAAAGUUAUGGUCCUAGUAUUGUACAGCUACGGAACGUAACACAUAAACAUGGCCAGUUCCAUGGUGGCAGUGGGACUGGCUCUGGCUGCAGCUGGCUUUGCAGGCCGUUAUGCCAUGCAGGCAAUGAGGCAGAUGGAGCCUCAGAUGAAACAGGCCUUUCAGAGCUUCCCCAAGACGGCUUUUGGAGGAGGGUACUAUAAAGGGGGAUUUGAACCAAAGAUGAACAAGAGAGAAGCUUCCCUGGUUUUAGGUGUCAGCCCCACAGCCAACAAGAGUAAGAUCAGAGAAGCUCAUAGACAGCUGAUGAUCCUGAACCAUCCAGACAGAGGUGGAUCUCCCUACCUAGCAGCCAAGAUAAAUGAAGCGAAGGAUUUCAUGGACGGCCAGACAAGGAAAUAGAAGUGAAGAUGCUGAUAAUGACACACAUUUGAUUGGACUCUGAUCUCAUCCUCGCUGUGACUUUUCUAUCUGAUUCUUCUCAAAUAAAAUCACUAUGUACAAAUUGUAAGUGGAAUGCUCCUCUCAUAAUUAUGUUUUGAGUUGAAAAUGCACCUCGUGUGCUUUUUAAGGGAACGUCUUACUGUGUUGGAUUUUUCAUAAAACAGGAUCUUUUAGAUGAAUGAUUGAGAUGUUGUAUUCACGUGUGUGCAUUGAAAGACUUUCAUACACUUUGAAAUUGUGGAGGGGAAAAAAACGGCAACUUUCAUUAUGUGGGCAGGAGAAAUGAUUACAUCAAGCAAUAAAACACUAUUAUUCUCA